CGUCCCGUGGCCCUUGGUGGACGAUAAGGCUUAACGGAAAACAACAGCAGAGCACUCCCGCUUCCCACCCCACUCGCCAUGGCCGAAACCUUCGCGGGCCUCCGCAUCGUCGCCUCCGCCGUCCCUCAGCCUCAAACCCUCCACCGCCGCCUUCUCCGCGCCGCGCUCCGCGAAAGCCCGUUCCGGGGCGGCCGGCUGCGCGCCCGGGCCGCGGUCGCGGGGCCGCCGGAGGUGGACGACGACGAUGCGAUGAGCAUCGACAACCUGCACCGCUUCUUCGACCUCAACAUUGGGAGAUGGAACGGAUCCUUCUACCAAUUCGACGCGCAUGGGAGGGUGCUGCAGGAUAUCAGCACCCGGUUGUCCGUGAGCACGUAUGGGGAGGACGACCUCAUCAGCCUCCUGCAAUCGCUGUAUAUCAAGCAGGCUUCCUCUAAGAUAUCAGUUGUUGAUGAGGAUGAUUCUGAACCAGAAUGGGUGGAGUACAAAAUCAAAGAGACGAACAUGUUCACUGUGGACAAGUAUCAGCAGAUAGGGUUCUUUCCUGAAGAGAAGGCAUUUGCUCUGAGGUACCAGACUGCGGGAAUGCUGGAGACUGUCCUUCGGGUUGGUGUGCUUGGAGAAGAUGAUACUGGUGAAGAAUCCCCCAAAAACUUGAAGAUACCUUCUCGUAAGCCAUCUAUUGUAUGUGAGAAUUGUCUUUACUCCCUUGAAGGCAAUGGUCGAGUGAGGGCUUUCCACAUAAUGGACCCGAACGGAGUGCUAGACACACUUCUUGUUUUCCAUGAAAAGCAGGGAGUGCCACAGGCACUUAUUGACUCUUCAAUUGAUCCUGAGAGUGCCAGCAGUGAUAGGAUGAAUGCACUACUUGGAAGAUGGAAGGGGCGUUCUGUGACCAAGAGGAGUGGGGUGUAUGGAGCAACUCUCGCUGAGGCAGAUACAGUUGUUGUCCUUGAAAUGGACAACAAUGGCCAGCUGAUUCAGGACACUAUAUCAACAAAAUCUGGAACUAGCACGACAACAACGGUCAACUGGACAGGAUCAGCAAGCAAUAACUUGCUUCAGUUUGACGGAGGAUACGAAAUGACACUGCUACCUGGUGGAAUGUACAUGGGAUACCCAUCAGACAUCAGCAAAUGUGUCGCCCAGUUAGACUCUUUCCAUCUGGAGUUCUGUUGGAUGGAAUCGCCAGGAAAGAGGCAGCGGCUUGUGCGCACUUACGACUCUGCUGGUCUGGCUGUUUCAUCAACCUACUUUCUGGAGAGCAAAGUAUGAAUCACACCUUCCACACCCAUACCGAGUAGCAACGGUUUUGUAAGUUCCCUAGCAACCUCAUUGAUUAGUUUUGCUGUAUGUUGCUCGGUACAUGACAAUUGAGUAUAUAUUGCCACUUGUCAGACAUCAUUGUCUACGCAGAACACAGAAUCAAACGAGUGCUUCAUUCUUCGUUUCGCUCGCA